AAUUACGGGUGGAUUAACACACUGAUCCUCUUAAUACACCUAAUAGUGACAAUUUGUAUAAAAGUGGGAUCAACUUUUUCAAAGCCAUCAGUUGGAUCAUACUCGCUGAAAAGUAGAUUCAAGAUGAAAUAUUUCGUAGCUCUUAUUGCUUUGGUAGCCGCGGCUGCGGCCAUUCCGGCGCACAAGCCCGCUCUGUCCGAUGACGACCAGCUGGCUGCCAUCAUCGAGGCCAUCCACAGUCCUACCACCAACCCAGCUACCGCCGCUCUUCUGCAACAACAGCUGCAGCAAUUGUUUGGAAUCGAGUCUAUUGACGUCGGCCCUGCUCUCGUUGAAGAACCUUCACCCAUUGUUGUUAACCCUGAACCCAUCGUUGUUGGCCCUCCCGUCAUCAGCCCUCCCGUCGUCAAUCCUCCCGUUGUCAGCCCUCCCGUUGUCACUCCUCCCGUUAUCAGUCCUCCCGUCGUUGAGCCCCCAGUCGUCGUCAGCCCUCCCGAAGUUGAACCUCCCGUAGCCCAACCCCCAGUCGUCGUCCUUCCUCCUGUUGUUGAACCUCCCGUAGCUCAACCCCCAGUCGUUGCCCUCCCUCCUCUCGCGCCUGAAGCCCAGCCUGAAUCCAGCAGCGUUCCUCUCGUUCAAAUCAUUUUGAACAUCAACCAGGCUCAGUCUGGAGACGUCGCUGUGCCCCCUGGUGUUGCUAUCCUCCCUGAAAUCAUCGACAACGAUUCCGUCGAGCCCAUUGUCGCCGCUCCCCCCGUCCUUCCCGCCCCCGUCAUCACCCUUCCCGAAACCCUUAACUAAAUUAUUGUAACAAUUCAGACUCAAGAAAUAGACCUACACUAUUAUACCUUUUUAUAUAAUUAUAUAAGUUAAAGAGACAAUUCUAAUUUAUGAUUUGUGGUCUUAAUGCAUUUACAAAAUAAUAUAAUAAUAUGAAAUAGAAAUAAACUUUGUUCAAAAUGCA